AAAGAGAGAAGGGAAAGAAGGAGCUUCCCAUUUCGUCAUCGUCUAAUGAUAAUCCUUUUUCUCUCUUUCUCUCUUUCUCUUUCUUAGGGUUUGCUUCUUCUCUUCUUCUCCAUCUCCAUCUCCAUCUCCUCCGAUUCUCCAAUCUAUUCAUGGCCAAGAAGAGGAAGUCUGAGGCUAAUCGCAUGGAGGAGGCCGAUCGAACCAUGUACUCGGCGUUCUGUGGCGCGGCGAACUCGCUGUCGCAUCUCUACUCUCUUUCCGUUAACCAGCACAAGCUCGCUUUCCACGCCGGUGAACGACAUGCCAUGGAGAAGCUCUAUCAGUGGAUUGUAAGACAGCAUGAGGAAGGGUCAAGAUUGUCGGCUGCUGAUAUAGUUGCACAUUUGCAGAAUGAGAUUGAAUAUGGAGGUGAUGAAGCGGCAGCUUCACCAAGAGUACAAGCUCCUCAUCAGCAACCUCAAUCCACCAUGCAUUUUGCAAAUGCAGGCAUGCAGACAUCUGGUGGUGCAUUUACACAAGCUGCAGUUGGACAUGCCCCACGGUCUUUUCAGUCUGAUCAAGCAAAGAACUUGGUUUUCUCGAACGCUCUCUCCAGUCCUGUUCGGAGAAGUCUUCAGUCUUAUCAACUUGCUCAGGGAGGGUACUACCAAAGUGCUGCUCUCCCGGGUGCAAAUGAAGCACGGAACCAUGAAGCUAACUCAACUCAUCACAACCGAGGGUCUAAUUCACCCAGUUCCAAUGAUACUAUGGACAUGCAUUCAGAUAGCCCAGCUCAUGAAUCUUAUUGAUUGGAGUGGCUUGAUUUAGGAUGCCUUAUAAGAUUUCAGUGCCCUUGUUUCAUGCCCUUAAUAAUCCAAUCUUCAAUUGCUUUCUGCAGUCACACCCGACGAAUAUCAUCGACCGAACAAACAAAGAUGGUGUCUGUGUGUUGGUGCGCGGAGUAAAUGAGAAGAAAAACAAAGCCAAUGCCUGGAAUAAGAUUGUCAAAAUAAUAUCACAACUCAUCAAAGGUGACUAUGAAGGUAGUUAAUUGUGAAUAAUUUGCUUUGGUUCUGCCAACAUGUUACUUCUUUCUGAGUGUUUACCUUGCAUUGAUUUUAUUGGUACCUGUAAGAACUUUUGAUUUCAUCUGUCGCUAGUAUAUUAUUUAA